GCAUUCACAAUCACACACCUUGAAAGUUGAAACCCAUCCGCUUCUGCUUUAUAAGCCCCCCAACACAUACGUCUCUCGCAAAGCUUCGAGCUCUCAUCCAUGGCGGCAGGACUCUCCACCGCCAUGACCUUGAAACCCAUCCGCUUCUUCCACACCUCAGACCGCCUCCCCAAGGCCGCUCCGCCUCUUCUCUUCACUUCCUUGAGAUGUUUCCCUCGUCGGGCCGCAACCCGUCGAAGCCCACGACUUCCCUCCUUCACCGUCUGCGUCCUCAUGGAGGAUCCCAAACAGAGCAUCCAGAUCGAAGCUGGGGAAGAAAAGGACCCUAAUAAUCGAGUCUGUGAGUCCCAACUGUGUAUAUCUGAUUUUCAGGUGGGUAUGGAGUUCUGGGCAAGAUGGGCCCAUAGAUCUCUAUGGCAUGCCUCCUUAUGGCAUAUGCAUGAGUCCCACCAUAGGGCGAGAGAAGGGCCGUUCGAGCUAAACGACGUGUUCGCAAUAAUAAACGCAGUGCCAGCGAUCGGUCUCCUCUCUUACGGAUUCUUCCACAAGGGUUUGGUUCCCGGUCUGUGUUUCGGCGCUGGUUUGGGAAUUACCGUGUUCGGGAUGGCCUACAUGUUUGUCCACGAUGGGCUGGUGCAUAGGAGAUUCCCUGUGGGGCCCAUUGCCAACGUGCCUUACUUCAGAAGGGUGGCCGCUGCUCACCAUCUUCACCAUACAGACAAAUUCAAUUCAAUGGUUCCAUAUGGGCUAUUUUUGGGACCAAGGGAAGUAAAAGAAGUGGGAGGGGCAGAAGAGCUGGAGAAAGAAAUAACUAGAAGAACAAAAUCAUAUAAAAAAGGAUCAUCAUGACCUAAUUAAUUAUGAUGCAAAGCAAUUUGUGAGUGUAGAGCUGGAACAAAUACGUUUCUAUUCAUUGGAAAAGAUUUUGAUGCUUUGCUUCUUUACAUACCACACACAGUUGCUACAUGGAUAGGUCAUAUCAAAGCAAGAAAAUGCAAAAGGAAAAAUUUAAAAUGAAAAUUUGGUCAAAAGAAAAACAAAAGAUGAAGAAGAAUGAGGAGAAAGGGUGGUGUCUUGAGAUGUGCCUUCCAAUGGCCCACCGUCUUGUCCACACUGAUGUAGCUUGUACAAAGUUAUAUGCUUGUUUAAAUAUAUGAAAGUUUCAUUCAAUAGAUUA